CAAAUGAAGUGUGGUUCGAUACCAAGGAGGCUUUUCAGGCCAUUUACAGCAGUGGCAGUGGAUAUGAAAAGUCGGACUUUUACUCGCCGAAUAAUCGGCCCUGUUUAUCAGACGUCUAAUCUCAUUCAAUACGAGGCUGCCAUUGACGACGUCAUUGAGCGAGCCAUUGCCAAGCUCAAGAGCUUCAAAGGUGCUCCAGUCGAGUUGAAUGAGUGGAUGCACAUCAUCGCCGUGGAAUGUCUUGGGUCCGUUGUCCUCUCUUGGUCACCCGGUAUGCUCAAGAACGGCACUGAUUGGGGAUCGGGCUCGCAUGCGUAUCACGGCUGGAGACGAAAGAGUGUCUUUGGCCUCUUCCCUACAAUUGUCAAACUCGAGUUCCUCUCCAAGACGGUCGGCCGGCUCUUCAGCUCAGCUUGGGGUGUCAAUUUCAAGACACCCAAGAACUUCAAACCAUUCUUUGUCGAUGUUGGCAAGCGAGUCUCUCGACGUGUCAACGCAGCCAAAAGAGCAAGCCCGCCUAAGGACACCCGCCAAGAUCUUCUCACAGAUCUCAUCCGGCUUCACAAAGUCAGACCUGACUUUACGGACAAUUACCUGCGCAAAAUGGCUGUUACAAACUUUGGUGCUGGGCAUGAGACCAUGGCGUCGACUCUGACCUCCAUCAUGGCCGUGCUAGGUUCUCUUCAAGAUGUCCAGACUCAAGUUUCUCAAGAAGUCCUCUCCAUGACAGAUCCAAGUCGAUACUCUACUGCAACCCGUCUCCCGAUAAUGCAGGCUCUCGUCAAGGAAGUCAAACGACUAUACCCAGUCAUCAGCAUGUCCCUUCCACGAAAGGUUCCCAACGGUGGUCUUCACCUCCACGGCUUCUAUUUCCCACCCGAUACAACUGCAGGCUGUAACCCAGUAGCCUUGCACCGAAAUCAAGACGUCUUUGGUCCCGAUUCUCACCUCUUCAAUAUCGCUCGAUGGCUUAACGCAGACCCCGACACGGCUCGCAACAUGGAACGAGUCAGCCUUAGCUGGGGCGGCGGCUCAAGAUCAUGCCCUGGGCGUCAUUUGGCUGAGCUCGUAGUGUUCAAAGUUGUCCCAGCUCUAGUGAAGGAGUUUAGGAUCGAAGCUGUUCUGCCACCCGAAGACGAUGGUCGCUCAUAUUUCUUAUCCAUGUUGACGGGACAUUUAAUCAUGGUUCAACCAAUCGUCACUGAAAACGCCCUUAUCAGAGGUAGCCGCAUCGCCUAUGGCGUCUACGGCACCGGCACUCCAGUCGUCCUCCUUCACGGAACGCCCUCUUCAUCUCUUAUCUGGCGCGACGUCGUCCCCAAGCUUGUCGAGAAAGGCUUCAAGGUGCACGUCUUUGAUCUUCUCGGCUUCGGCCUCUCUGAGCGCCCCUGGGACUCUGCCGUGGACACGUCCAUGACAGGACAGGUUCCCAUCUUGGAAGGUCUUCUAUCAUUGUGGGGACUUGACAAGACUCACGUCAUCGCUCAUGACAUUGGAGGCGGUAUUGCUCAGCGACUUGCCGUAUUCUCGCCAGAGAGGGUGCUAUCCUUGACACUCAUCGACGUGGUGUGCUUCGACAGCUACCCCUCGAAGCGGACCAAGCAACAGAUGCAAAACGGCCUCGAGUCUCUCAUCAAAGCGAGCGACAACGACCAUCGCGCUCACUUUAGAGAGUGGCUGCUGUCCGCUGUCAAGAACCCAGCCAAGCUUGAACAAUCGAGUUUGGACUCCUACUUGGAAUACAUAUCUGGUCCCAUCGGCCAGCCAAGCUUGUUUGAGCACCAAGUUCGACACUAUGACCCCAAGCACACGCUGGAAGUGACACCACGCCUGGGUGAACUGGAGAAGCUGCCUGUGCAGUUGAUUUGGGGGGCCGAUGAUGCCUGGCAGGUUGUUGACUGGGCUCAUAAACUCCAAGAAGCGAUCCCUGGAUCUGAGCUUAACAUUGUGGAGGAUGCCGGACACUUUUCGCCGGAAGACCAACCAGAAAGGAUUUCUGAGCUUCUUGUAUCGUUUCUUAACAAGCACUGA